AGACUGAGGCUGCAGUGAGGUCCAACAGGAUGGAUGUGAAUGAUCUUCUAGAAAGAGGACAGCCUUGAUGCACCGGAUACUAUUUUCUCUUUCUAUGCUUUGAAGAUAUUAUUGUCGAGAAGCUGAGAUCAUUGCAGACACGUGAGUAAUAUCUGCAGAGAGGGAGAAAGAGAAAGAGAGAGAGAGAGAGAGAGAAAAAACAACCCAAGCUCACAGUGCCUUGAAGGCAACAACACACGUCAGGACAAUUUCAAUGCUGAGCAGAGGACUGGAACCCAGAGACUGGUAGAGGCUCAGCUUACAGUGAUACUUUUUUUUUUGGGGGGGGGGGGGGGAUAAAAGUGGGGGGUGAGAGAGAGAGAAAAAAAAAGCAAUAGAAAACAAGACAAAGGGGGGAAAAGGAGAAUGAACCGUUUCAACAACAAACUGGAGGAAACCCUGAUCGAAAUGCACUCAGGAGCUGAAGACGUUGGAGAUAUUGCUGUUAUCGCUGGUUUCACAAUGGAUUCGCCAGGUGAAGACAACACUGGGAUUAGUUCCGGAGAAGGAGAAAUUCCUGGCAAUUCUGAGGUAAUGAGCACCACAACAGAGACUGCUUCUCUCAUCUCUGGUCCACAAACGGUGAUGCGGAGAAAACAGAAACUUUUCUUGGAAAACCGUGUCAGGAUUAACAGAGAAAUUCACAGCAAAGAUUCAAUCUUCUUCCGGGAUGGAAUCCGAAGGAUUGACUUUAUCCUCUCCUACGUGGAUGAUCUUAGUAAAGAAGCAGAAAAGAAAGUGGAAAGAAGACGAGAUUUUGAAGAAAAUCUGGCGAAGGCAGGACUUGAUCUCGAAACUGAAAGUAAAGACGAAUCGGAGGAUGGCAAGACGUACUUUGUCAAGAUCCACGCUCCGUGGGACGUGCUUGCUACCUACGCGGAGGUUCUGCAUAUCAAGGUGCCAAUUAGGGCAAAUGACAUAUCACCAGCCGGAGAUAAUCCGUUCGAUUGGUUCCUGAAACCAUUUCAACUGGAAAUGGAUAUCAUGAACCCUGAACCGGAUUAUUUCACGGCCCCUUUCAGUAAACAGCGGCAGGAGCUCUUCUUAAUCGGCGAUCGGGAGACUUUUUUCUCUCCCUCCACACGCAACCGAAUCGUGUAUUACAUUCUUUCUCGGUGUAAAUAUGCAACAGAAGAAGGGAAGCAGAAAUUUGGGAUCAAGAGGCUGCAGAACAAUAACACGUACACUUCUGCAUUUCCUCUCCAUGACUGCAGAUACUGGAAGAAAGCUCGAGACCCAAAAAGUGAGAACGAACGAUACACGCUAUACAAACAGUGGGCUCGUUUUGGCCGCUUCUACAAAGAGCAGCCAUUGAACCUCAUCAGGAAGUAUUAUGGGGAGAAGAUUGGAAUUUACUUUGCCUGGCUUGGCUUCUACACAGAAAUGUUGGGGAUUGCAGGUGCUGUAGGCUUCAUCUGCUUUUUGUUUGGCUGCAUCACCAAAGAUUGGAAUGUCUGGAGUGAUGAAAUCUGUAAUGCAACAAUUGGAGGGAAUAUUAUCAUGUGCCCACUGUGCGAUGAAUGUAACUUUUGGAGGCUCAAUUCUACCUGUGGAUCAACCAAGAAUUCUUACUUGUUCGACAAUGGUGCCACCCUGUUCUUUGCUAUUUUUAUGGGUAUCUGGGUGACUCUCUUCCUGGAGCUGUGGAAGCGACGGCAGGCCAGGCUGGAGUAUGAGUGGGACCUGGUAGACUUUGAAGAAGAACAGCAGCAGCUCCAACUACGACCGGAAUACGAAGCCAGGUGUACACAUCGCAGGAGAAACCCCGUCACUCAGGAAAUGGAGCCUUACAUCCCCUUCAAAACCCAAGCCAUACGUUGCUGUAUGUCAGUGGCAACAGUUUUGUUCUGGAUUUCUUUAAUCCUGAUCUGCAUUAUUGCGGUAAUUGUCUAUCGUCUGUCGGUCUACGCCUCCUUUGCCAAGAUCACUGGCGAUAUGAAGAAGGUGAAGUACAUUGGCACAUUCUUUACACCCCAGAUGGCAACGUCCAUCACGGCUUCGAGUCUCAACUUUGUCAUCAUUAUGAUUCUCAACUACUUUUACGAGAAGGUGGCAGUUUGGAUCACUGACCUUGAAAUCCCAAGGACUCACUUGGAGUACGAGAACCGGCUGACCAUGAAAAUGUUCCUCUUCCAGUUUGUCAACUACUAUUCCUCCUGCUUCUAUGUGGCCUUCUUUAAGGGCAAGUUUGUGGGAUACCCCAGCAACUACACUUAUAUGUUUGGGAGGUGGAGAAAUGAAGAGUGUGACUCGGGUGGUUGUCUCAUUGAACUGACUACUCAGCUCACCAUCGUUAUGGCUGGCAAACAGAUCUGGGGCAAUAUCCAGGAAGCUCUUUUGCCGUGGCUGAAGAAUUGGUGGGUGAGUCGGAAAGCCAGAAACCACCCAGAGAGGCUGUACAGCCGCUGGGAACAAGACCAUGACUUGCAGGACAUGGGGCAGCUUGGUCUGUUCUAUGAAUAUCUGGAAAUGGUCAUCCAGUUCGGAUUUGUCACCCUCUUCGUGGCCUCGUUCCCUCUGGCUCCUGUCCUUGCUUUGCUCAACAACAUCAUUGAGAUCCGAGUGGAUGCCUGGAAGUUCAUCACACAGUUCAGGAGACCUACGGCAGCAAAGGCCCACAGCAUAGGCGUCUGGCAGCAGAUCCUCAACAGUGUGGCCAUAUUAUCCGUGGUUACUAAUGCUUUUAUUGUGGCGUUUACCUCGGAUAUGAUCCCACGCUUGGUGUACAAAUAUGCAUAUUCCCAAGAUGAUCUGAAGCCAAUGAAAGGCUACAUAAACAACAGUUUGUCCAUCUUCAACACUUCCUAUUUUGACCGCAAUCUGGCGUAUAGCUUUAAUGAAACAUCUUAUUGUAGGUAUAAAGAUUACCGUUACCCAUCAGGGCACAGUAUGGAACACCAGCACAACAUGCAAUUCUGGCAUAUUUUGGCUGCAAAAAUGGCAUUCAUUAUCAUCUUAGAGCAUGUUGUAUUCGUAGUGAAGUUCACGAUUGCUGCCCUAAUCCCUGAUGUUCCAGAGGAGGUGAAAGCCCGGAUAAAACGGGAGAAGUAUUUAACGCAAAAGAUUCUGCACGAAUAUGAACUCGACCGAUUGAGGCAGCUGCUCUCUGAGAAGGGGAACUCGCUUCCAAAUAAAGAAGUCGCGGUUGAAACUGAGAAAGUGGAGAUGAUGAGAGAAGACUUGUAACCCUACUAAAUGGCAGAUACAUGGUCUCGUUAACCUCCCCAUGCUGUUCAGCCUCUAUCAAAGCAAUCUUCUAAUCCAGUCAUGAAUAAUUCUGCCCUGAUUUACCUUGUGGUAAAAUAAAUCUGUAUUGUUAACAUCUGUAUCACAGCAGUUUACCAAACCCUGUAAGAUGGGGAAAAAAGUAUUACCAUAUAUUGUGGAAGAGUUGUACCUGCAUUAAGGAAGCAUAUUAACAUGCUUGGUUUUUAAAAACUUUAAAGGGAAUGAACAUGGCCUAAGCCAUAUUUUAAAACUAUCACAGUAUUUUAGAUGGAAUGAGAAAUGUCAUGGAAUGCAAACCAGUUUGGGUUCAGUCGCUUUCAUUCUCUUAGUCUUUCUUCUUUUCUUCUGUCACUCACAGCUUCUUUCUUCUGUCUAGUUUGUGAAUUUGCUUACCUGCAAAACACUUGUAGAACUGAAGUGAGCACAUGCAAAAGUUUUGCUAAAAAAAGUCUUUAGAAUCACCCUCUCCUGAGCUGAGUUAAGCCUAUUGCUGUUCUGGAUGGCAGAGUACAAUUGCAACUCCAGGUGCCCCUAAUGAAGGUUGUGCACUCGUAGGCUCUGAGGAAAAAGGACUGCACAAGAGCCAAAUGAGCAAAGACUUUCCACUAAACCCUUGAACAUUUUCCUACACAGACAGAGUGGUGCGCACCCUAGAUAGAAAAGCUCUGAAUUCACCACAACAUUAACUUCUUGUCAAGUCUGCAUAGAAAGAGAAGAAAAUGAUUUGUUUUAUUGCACAUGUCCUCCCCAUCAUCAUGGCAACCUCUUGACAACCUCAGCCAAUAUAUAGGAAAUUUUAAAAUGUAUACAAGCAAAAAUGUUCCAAUCGAUUAUAAUCCCUGCUUUAAGCAGACGGAAACCUAUGAAUAACUGGGCAGAGAUGCCAGUAUGUGAGAAUUAAAUAAAGUAUAGUCAAGUCCUGCUGAUUUUUUUUAAUAUGAAGGUUAGGCUAGUGCAUCCUUUAUAAUUGUUGGUGCCAGUUAAACUAGCAUGAGUUUAUAACUUGUAAGAAAAUGUCAUAUCGAAAUGCUUGUAAAUAAGUUUGUAAAGGGUGUAGAAACUGUGACCGUUUACCAUGAUGUAAUCAAACUGAAAUUUUUAUUUUACCGUACUCUACUCUAGUCUAGUUCAUUUCAUUUCACUUUGAAACCUUUAAAGCCAAAUGGAUGGAGCAGAAUUGGAAUUUACAAUAUUCCAAGCGCCAAAAUUCACAGCAGCCAUAGACUUGCGAUGUUCGGAACUUUUAAAAGUUGAGAAUUUGUCAGAAUAUUUUAACUUGCAAUGGCCCGGAGCCAGGUUAUACCACAACUCAAUCUGAAUGUGGCUGGGUAGACAUUGCUAUACAGUACUUAGAGACACAGUUUCUAUGAGGGGAAGAGCUCUUUUCAGUUGUAAAAUUGCAAUUCAGGAUGUGUUUCACUGAUGUGCACUGUGGGGCAGAUGCCAUUGAAACGAGCAUUUCAGACUGGCAUCGUCUGAGGUUAGACUCGUGCUGGCACUGUCCUGGCACAUUUAAAGCUGCUCAAUCUAGACCAAACAUCAGCGAUUUUCUCUGUAAAACAAUUGGUGCUGCCUUCAUUGUAUGUCGCAAUUUAUUACUUACCUGACCUUUGAGGCAAGUCAACAGAACACUGAAGGUGAGAGUUUGGUCAUUGACUGGCUUCUAAU